AUGUCUGAUCACGGGGAAGUCGAGGUCGAAAACCCCUCUGGGGCUUUCCAGGCUCUGCCUAAGGACGCUCUUGCCGAGAUGGGCACCGUCAAGCUGUUCAACAAGUGGAGCUACGAGGAUGUUGAGAUCCGGGAUAUCUCUUUGACCGACUACAUCCAGAUCCGCAACCCCGUCUACAUCCCUCACACUGCCGGUCGUUAUGCCGCUAAGCGUUUCCGCAAGGCUCAGUGCCCCAUCAUUGAGCGCCUGACCAACUCUCUCAUGAUGAACGGUCGCAACAACGGCAAGAAGCUCAUGGCUGUCCGCAUCGUUGCCCACGCUUUCGAGAUCAUCCACAUCAUGACCGACCAGAACCCCCUCCAGGUCGCUGUUGACGCUAUUGUCAACUGCGGUCCUCGUGAAGACAGCACUCGUAUCGGUUCCGCUGGUACCGUCCGUCGUCAGGCUGUCGAUGUUUCUCCUCUCCGCCGUGUCAACCAGGCCAUCGCUCUCCUGACCAUCGGUGCUCGUGAGGCCUCUUUCCGUAACAUCAAGAGCAUUGCCGAGUGCCUGGCUGAAGAGCUCAUCAACGCUGCCAAGGGAAGCUCCAACUCUUACGCCAUCAAGAAGAAGGACGAGCUCGAGCGUGUUGCCAAGAGCAACCGGUAA